AAUAAGAGCUGUUUGAACCAGGGGUCUGGCUUAAAGAGUGCAAGCUCCGUUCCCUUUCAUUUCUAAUGACAAAGUAAUUGUCCGGUUGAAACAUUAUUGAAGAUUUAUGUUAAAAACAUCCUAAAGAUUGAUUAUAUACAUCGUUUGACAUGUUUCUACGAAGUGUCAUAGAAAUGUUUUGACUUUUCGCCUGAACUAAGUGCCUGCGCCUUGUGCAUUUGGAUUACUGGACUAAAUGCGUGAACAAAAAGGAGGUAUUUGGACAUAAACAUUUAUUGUCUAACAUGGAGACCUGGGAGUGCCAUCAGAUGAAUAUCAAAGAGUUCUCCUUCUUUGACCCCGAGGAGCCCCAGUGCAGGGAGGUGCUGUUUGAGUCCAGCACCACGGUACCGGAGCUGUUCGCCGUACUCAGGCAGUGGGUGCCCCAGGUCCAGAAGAAUAUCAGCCUGAUCGGAAAUGAGAUCCUAAAGAGAGGCUGUGGUGUGAAUGACCGAGAUGGCUUGACCGACAUGAGCCUCCUGCACUACUGCUGCAAGGCGGGGGCACCCGGCAUAGGUGACGCAGACAUGGCGGCCAGCUUCGCCCAGCAACUCCUGUCCCUGGGGGCAGAGCCUGGUCUGCGGUCGCGGUGGACCAACAUGAGUGCCCUGCACUACGCCGCCUACUUCGAUGUGCCCCAGCUCAUCCGGGUGGUUCUGCACGCCUCCCAGCCCGGGGAGGUAGACACCACCUGCAGUGACUUUGACUUCGGCACGGCCCUGCACAUUGCCGCCUCCAACCUGUGCUCCUCCGCAGUCAAGUGUCUGCUAGAACUGGGAGCUAACCCCACCUUCAGGAACGAGAGGGGCCAGUGCCCGGCCGACGUGGUAUCCGAGCCCUUGGACAUGCUCUUGGAGAUGGCGGACGCCGCCACCCUGGCCAAGGAGCUGCGCAGCCUGCUGAGAGAGGCCCUUCCCCGGCCCUGCGCCCCCCUGACCCUCCCUGCCCAAGAUCCAUCAGGCCUCUCCGACAAGGCUCGGCUCCAGCUCAUCACCAUGGGCAUCCAGCUGGGCGACCGCGUGGUCAUCGCCGGUCAGAAGGUGGGCACUCUACAGUUCUGCGGCAGCACCGAGUUCGCCGGCGGUCUUUGGGCCGGCGUGGAACUCGACCAAGCGGAGGGGAAGAAUGACGGAUCCGUCGCUGGAGUUCAGUACUUUUCCUGCCGCCUCAAACACGGGAUCUUUGCACCCCUGUCCAAGAUCAGCAAACCCUCAGAGCGAUGCAAAGCCAGCACCCAGAGAAGUGCCACCCCCAUACGGCCCUCUCAGCGCAUCAACCUGUCGCGCGUCACCUCCAAGAUCAACACAGGUGCUCUCUCUCGUUCCCUCUCUUCCUCUUCAUCCUCCCUGGACUCCAGACAUGGCCUGACCGUGCAACCUCGGCCAUUUCCACGACAACGGCCUCCCGCAAGGCAGCGGCGGGAACGGCUUCAGCCCAGCUCCAAAACCAUGCCCCCUCCGACCCGGUCUAAGCCCAGCCCCAGCCUCAUUGUACCCCGGAGCCGGACUCCCUCGGCCAGUAGCUCCGUGUGUGACGGGCCCGAGGUGCGCCUAGGGGAGAGGGUGUUGGUGGUGGGCCAGAGAACAGGGGUGGUCCGCUUCUACGGCAAGACCAACUUUGCCCCAGGGUUCUGGCUGGGGAUCGAGCUGGACAAGCCCAGCGGGAAGAACGAUGGCUCGGUCGGCGGGGUGAACUACUUCAGCUGUCCUCCCAAACAUGGUGUCUUUGCCCCUCCAUCACGUGUACAGAGGAUCCAUGGCUCUAUGGAUUGUCUUUCAGAGCUGUCCUCCUCACGUCUCAACCGUCCUUUUGCUAGAAUCAGGCGCAGCUUCAGCACGUCGACGGCCAUCGCUGCCCAGAAGGAGCAGAGCCAGAAGAGUCCCGUCAACAGGUCACGUUCCAACUCCCACCGUCGGCGCUGGAGCACCCUGAGUGGUGGCUGGGGUCCGGGAACAGGCGGCACAGGAAGCUCCGGAGGAACCACUACCACCACCACCACCUCGUCUGGCUCGGACGCCUCAGUGCGCCUCCACCUGGGCAUGCAAGUGCUGCUGAGCAGUGCGAAUGAAAUGGCUCUGAUCCGCUACAUGGGCCAGGCUGACUUCGCCCCAGGCCUGUGGCUAGGCUUGGAGCUGCGCAUCGCCAAGGGCAAGAAUGAUGGCCAGGUGGGCGGCCGCCGCUACUUCACGUGCCGCCCGGACUACGGCGUGCUGGUGAGGCCCAGCCGUGUCACCUACCGCGGCAUUAAUGGUGCCCGGCUCGUGGAUGAGAACAGCUGAGAACACUAGGACCCAGGGGGUUGGGUUAGGUGGGUGGGAAAGCAGUAGAGCGAGCAUAUCGGAGAAAAGUUUCUGUUUGUUGUUUGUUUUUUUUGUUUUUUUGGGGGGGGGGGUGUUUGUUUAGCGAUUUUCCUUUGUUCGUUUUUUCUUGGGUUUUGUGUUUGUUUCUUUUGCUCCUAGAAAUGUCCCCCCAAAACAACACUACCUAAUUAGUUAUUAUUAUACAUUUAAGAAAUGUUUUAUUUUAAGAUGUAUGUUAUGGUGGUGUGGCUAGCCUACAUUUUAACUACACAUCAGCUAGUUUGUCCUAUUUACUUGCUGAUUUACCUGUUUUGUUUUACCUGUUUACUCUACCCGUUGACCAUCAAUGGACACUAGAAAACUAGAUAUUACAUUUCAAAUUGAGACUACGAGAGUUGUCAUGCUAUUGAACACACUGUAGGUAUGAGGCAACAAGCUUUGAUUGUCAUAGAUAGGUUUGAUAGGGUGAAAGAAAAUCAUUUUCAGAAAUAUUUAUACUUGUAAUUUUACUGUGUGAUAUGAUUCAAUUGAUGGAAAUGCACUUGAUUGAUGGAAAAUAUGUAUAAAUCCGAUACAGUAAAUUAAUACUUCCAUUCUUCCCUAAGCUCCCUCACUGUAUUGUAUGUAGAGAUUUGAACUGAUAUCAAGGCUAACCUCCUGUCAGCAACGCAGCUAAGCACCUUAAAGCAAGACAAUGUCCUGGUACAGAGGUACUAAAAUAUCCCCUGAUUUGAGCACUUUGGAGUAAAUGGAUAAGGCUGUUUGUAAUGAUAAUGCAUUGUUAUCUUGGUUCACUGCUGACUGUCCUAAAUGAGCGAGAAUGUGCACUGUGUUUGGCCAACACUGAAUUUGCAGUCACUGCCAACUUGUGCUGAAUUGCUAAUUGACCAUCAGCUCCUACACCCUAGGCACUGCUGUGGAUCUGAGCGGAUUGGAUGGGUGGUAGCAAUAUGGUAAUGGCUUCACCUUGCCUUCUGAUUGGCUGGGUAGAAAUAUUGCUUAUACCUAUCAAUCGGUUUCAGAUCUACAGUAGUGCAUAAAGGAUAUGGGCUAGGGGUUGAUUUGGAAUUCAGCCAUAUUCAGCCAUUAAUGCUAUGGCACCACUUGAGUACUGGAAUAGUGCCGUCAAGUGAUGCCAAUUUAUACAAAUAUGGUCCUACACUGACGUGACACUCAUAGGCCUAUUGAUGUAUGCUACCUACUUUUGGUCAGAUUGGACACCCCACUGGCUCUGUGACAUAAGAUUUGUCUAAAGAUAACUUCCAUCUGCACGACUGCUAAUGACGUCUUAUGUCGUCCUUAUGACAAACUACAAACUGCUUUGUGAAAGCUGGUUUCCGUGAAGCGCAUUCCAAAGUUAUAUACCGAUAAAGAUUACAGUCUUGACAAGUCAGCAGGCAACAAGCUAUUGAUUAUAUCUGUGGAGAAAAAAAGAGACCUUAUUUAACACAAGCUCCAUGUGCCACCCAAUAACAAAGGUAGAACGCAACAGAAGCCCAGAUUCUGAAUGCGAUGUACCAUUGAUCGGUCUGGUUGGGCCCUAUGCAAUUGAAAUGUGUUGGCAGGACGAAUCAUGGUUGCCUGAGAUAUUCGCCUGAGGUUUGGAGAUGAAAGAAGCUCGGUGGUAUGAGUGCUAAUUCAACUGCUCGUAUCUCUUCUCUGUAGUCAGUUCUGUUAUUUCUGUAACAGUCACCUUCGUAACAGUCAGGUCUGUUACGGUCAUUGUUGUGGCAAUUGAGACAAUUGUGUAACAGUCAUCGCCUUUUCAGUCAAUUCUGUAACACUGUUACUUAGUACUGUUGGGUUCUAUAAUGUCGUCUCAGACGACACAUGAUCGGAAAGCUCAAGUUAAAAUGCACUUGAAAGUCAUUGGUUGCAUUGUGUGUCUGCGCAGCGAAAGGGUUUCAGUAUGGAAUAGUGGCACGUAGUGUAAAAACUGUAUUUGUAAAAUGAAUAAAGAUUCUAUUCUAAUUUCACC